AUGGCAUACGUAGGCCGCCCAGAAAUAUGUCUACCGUGUCAGGCCACGCGCCGAUCGGACCGGAUCCAGCGCUCUGGGCCAACGGUGAGAUCUCAGGAACAGAACAAUAUCUCGGUCGCCGUCCGCGCAAAGUCACCGGAAGUGUGUACGUGCCGUAUCCCUACACUCCCACGAUUUGAACUCGACCAUCAUUGUCGGAAGGAAUCGAAUGGCUGGAAUGUUGUAGUACCUCGGGUAAAGUAUAUCCUGAAGGAAUCACGAAUGCCUGGAUUGUCCACCCAUCCAUAUUACUGCACUGGUCGACGCGCAUAUCCGCAGCGCAUCUCAUCGAAUCCCUUUUGUUUUGACCCCUGA